AUGUUAAUUAUUCCGAUCCUAUUGAUGAUGCUUUCAUCGCCAUUCAUCGUUUUCAGUGCUGACGAAUUUGAAGAUUAUCGUUGUAAAUGUGUUUGUCCAUCUCUUACUGUUCUACAAGAUCCAUCAGUGAAUGAAACAAAUCGUCGCGUUUAUAUCGAUGUUGUUCCACCAGAUAAUUGUACAUGUUAUCGUGUUGUAUUUCAUACUGUAAAAGCAUCACAAAAUUUUCAAGACCGUUUUUGUCCAAGAUGCGUUUGUAAUUAUGAAGUACGAAAUACAACAACAAUGCAAGUUGUUGUUAUAAUUAUUAUGGUUGCUAUAUCGUUAUUAUUUAUUUACAUGGCAUUUUUACUCUGUCUUGAGCCGUUAAUGCAUCAAGGUGCAAAGCCCAAGACAACUACACAUCGACAUGGAAGACAAGCCCAAGGACAGGCACAUGCCGAUAAUAAUCUACAAAAUCCAACACAAGAAUGUGUAUUUAGUGAACCAACCGAUAACGAACUACGACCUAAUAGACGCUCGUCAAUUGUAUUGCAUUUAGUUUCACAUGAACAAUCAAAAUGGAGAAAACAAGUUCAACAACAACGGCAAUCAGUAUACAGUCGACAUGAACUGCUCAAUUGA